AAAGUUUAAAAAGAGGAAGGAGUAAUCAAUUUUGAUGACCCAAUUGGCCCAAAUCGAAUCCGGUGAAAGCUAGACCCCGUGCCCCGAAUCCAAAAGUCACACAGCACCGGUGAAGCAGCUCGCACCAUUACCCGGGAGUGAAAAUGCUAGCUCGCCUUGCCGCCCAACGAUUGGCGGAGAUCCGCCAUUCCAUCGGCGGUUUUCCACAGGUUUCGCGAUCGUCUUCAACUGCGCUCAAUUAUCACCUUAACAGUCCUGAUAACAACCCGGACUUGCCAUGGGAGUUUACAGAGACAAACAUGAAAAAGGUGAAGGAAAUACUUACUCACUAUCCAUCCAACUAUAAGCAAUCUGCAGUUAUUCCUUUGCUUGAUCUUGCACAACAGCAACAUGGGGGUUGGCUUCCUGUUUCGGCAAUGAAUGCAGUUGCUAAGGUUAUUGAAGUUCCUCCCAUUCGUGUAUAUGAGGUUGCAACCUUCUACUCCAUGUUCAAUCGAUCAAAGGUAGGCAAGUACCACCUUUUGGUUUGUGGUACAACACCUUGUAUGAUACGUGGUUCAAGGGAGAUUGAAGGGGCAUUACUGAAACACCUUGGAGUAAAGCGCAAUGAAGUGACAAAAGAUGGGUUGUUUUCCGUUGGAGAGAUGGAAUGCAUGGGGUGCUGUGUAAAUGCUCCUAUGAUUACAGUUGCCGACUAUUCAAAUGGAGCUGAAGGAUAUACUUACAAUUAUUAUGAAGAUCUCACUCCUAAACGAGCUAUAGAAAUCGUGGAAGCAUUUAGAAGAGGUGAAAAGCCACAGCGUGGCACACAAAACCCAGAACGUCAGAAUUCUGGGCCACAAGGAGGAAACACUACGCUGUUAGGGGAGCCAAAGCCUGCUCCAUGUCGUGAUCUCGAUGCUUGCUGAUCAAUGCUGGUCAGAUUAUGUUUCUAAAUAAUGCAAAAAUGGAUCCCUCGAUUGUAUGUUGUUUUGAUUAUGUAACACAGCUGGGAAAAGGCAUUCAUAUGUUCUCUUCAGUUAUAAUUCCCAGAAACACACUACCCGGAAUGGUCUUUGUGAUCACUAGUGUUCAAUUGUUGAAUUUCUGUAUGGCUUCCUGCCAUUGAGCCGCUUAACCAUGUUCAAUUGUUCACAGACUCUGCUGGUGUUGUUAAAUGACAGCACGAGAUGAAAAGGUGUGUUUGACCAUGUAUUGUUCAAUAAUAAAGUUAUGAGAAUGUG